AUGUCUUCAUCCGACUCGGAAGCACGCGACUCGGGCGACCUGUUGAAUGCCAUCGGCUCCACCAGCUCUCUUGCGAGCACAGUCUCUUCUGUCUUCAGUGCUAACGCUCAUCUCCCAAAGACCAAUGGUCACUCUUCGACCAACAUCGCCGCCCUUACUCCUCUGACAUAUCCUGCUUCAUCUCCAGUCAAAUCACAUUCUCCCUUGCUUCCUCCAAGCCCCUGCUCAACACGACCCAAGUAG